CAGUAUCGAAGGUCAGGCGGGGAAGUCCGAUGAAUUUCCGAGUCGCUUACGAUCAAUUUUUAAGCACACACGAUCCGCCUUAGAAUUUCCUCGAGCUCCCACCUACCGCCUACGAGAUAGCGCACGUGCAUACGUCGUCACGACGAGGUAGACGCACGAGCGCCCGACGAAGACGAGUAGGAGUACUGACAAUCGAGCUGCGGCUUCCUUUUAUCAGUCAAGCUGAACCGCGCGCGAUACGCGGACACCUUUGUACGCUCCGAAAAUCAAACGCGCUCGAGAACCGGACUCAUUCUGGUCUAGUGGCGCAAGAUACUUAACAACACUGGAAAUCCCAACAGAGUACUCGAACUUGUCGCGAGCGACUUCACGCGAUUCUCGCGGAAAAACGCGAGUAGAGCUUGGGGGUCGUGGGACAUUCGCUCGCAAAUCGGUACUGAGACCGUCGUCCAAACUGGUACCGUCUUCAACGUCAACGGACUCUCCAGGAACGAGAGGUCCAUCGGUGAACUUCGACACGCUGGCGCAAAUUCGAUGUGAGCUUUCUACUUGUUGUAGGUCGAAGAUUGCGGAAACAGGCAGAUCCGACGUGAGAUUGUCGCAGGUUGAUCCUAAGGUCUGCCGAACGGGCUAUUGUAACACCGUGGGCCAGCAGCGAAUUCGAUAUGGUCGCUUUUCCGGACUCGGAGAUUGAGCCGACGAUGGUGAACGGCAUCGGUCUCACGCCACCAGAUGACAAUAGGAGAAGUAGCAAUGACAACGUCUCGCACCCGGCGAAUGACGUUGGAAAAAUCAAGGAUCAAGCUUUCACUAUAUCCCGUCUAUCAAUGUCAAACUAUUCGCUGAAAUUCGACAACAUAAACAUGACUGAUAAGAAAUUGGGCGUGGACAUCAACCCGGAGCCUGUCAUCGUGCAGAAAGUCGCUGCCGGCUUGAAGACAUCCGGCAUUGACAAGAUGGACCAAAAAGACACGCCCGACGGAUUAAACGGAAAGGGUUCGCUAUCCAGUUCCGUAGUCACGAUUUCAUCGGACGACGCUAUCCUGGAUCCCGAUGCGGAACGUCGUAAGGACCCAAACGACCACAAAGACGACAAGGUUAUCAUAAAUGAAAAAUGGUAUCACACGAUCAUGCAGGUGUCGUUACCAUUCCUCAUCGCUGGUCUAGGCACCAUCGGCGCAGGUCGCGUCCUUACUACUGCGAAGACCAUGCCCGCUUUUUUAAAAGUCCCUCAACUAAUGAUCCUGACUACGGCGCUGCAGGGUCUGAAAGGUAAUCUCGAUAUGUGUUUGGCGUCACGGCUGUCAACCCAAGCGAACUUGGGCAACAUGACCAGCCGACGGGAGAUCAUCAAGAUGAUCGUCGGGAACAUCGCCUUGGUGCAGGUUCAGGCGAUCGUCGCGGCCAUCUGUCUGUCAAUUUUCGGCAUGGCGGUAGGCCAGCUCAAUGGGAAUGAUUUCGAAUGGGAGCACGCGUUGCUGCUAGCGGUCUCGUGUAUGUGCACAGCGACCAGCUCUUGUUUUAUCUUGGACUUCGUCAUGAUCGCCGUGAUCAUGUUAUCCCAUCGAUACAAAAUGAAUCCGGACAACGUGGCGACUCCUCUGGCCGCCUCUAUCGGCGAUGUUGUGUCCAUCAGUAUUCUCUCCACCAUUGCAUCAGAAUUCUACAUUAGAAUAGUAAACACACAAGACUGGAUACUGUACGUCGUUUUCGCAGGGUUCAUAAUUCUUUUACCAAUUUGGAUUGUAAUCGUAUUGAAGAACAAAUACACGAGAAACGUAUUGAAGUCCGGUUGGGUGCCUAUCCUGUCUGCCCUUCUGAUCAGUGGUGUGGGUGGAUUAGUCCUCGAGAGCAUGAUUGAUUCUUACAAAGGAUCCGAAGUCUUUCAACCGGUCAUUAACGGAAUUGGCGGUAAUUUAGUAUCGGUGCAAUCGUCUCGAAUGUCAACCAUGUUGCACCAGUCUUCUAUCAUAGGAAUUCUGCCGCCGCACGGCAAAAUUUGGGUGACUCCGUGGGCCGCGCUGUUCGCUGGAUCGCCAUACGCGAAGACUGCAAGAUUGCUCGUCAGUCUGGUGUUCCCCGGUCAACUGAUCUUCGUCUUUAUAGCCGAUGCUUUAAACCCGGGCCAUUGCACGCUAAAUGCAUAUUUCGUAAUCUCUUAUAUAGUUGUUUCCAUAGUACAAGUGAUGAUUCUGUUGUACAUCGCGCAUAUAAUUAUUCACGCGAUGUGGAGGUACAAAAUCGAUCCCGACAAUUCGGCGAUCCCGUAUUUGACAGCACUGGGUGAUCUAAGCGGAUCGUUGCUCCUGGCGUUAGCGUUCUUCUUUAUAUACUCAAUUAAGUAUCCAUACUGCUACGGAUAAGUGAAAGGCGUUAUAUAACUCAAAGUGGCUCGCAAAACCGAGCGAGAAAUGAUAAAAUGAUGCCAAGGAGCGAGAUACAAAGAGGGAAAUACUCAGAUCGCAAAUAUACAUUUGUUGAACGAUAAUUCCACAACAGAGUGACAUUGUUGUCUGUUUCUGCGAGCAUACGUAACCGGCUGUGAGCUACAAGUGUGAUGAUUACGAAGCAGCAUGAUGAGCAGUUCUAGCACAUAUUUCACGUUUUUUUCCAUAAAACGUGCCACGAACCUCUUACAGAUAAAUAGCCUAGUCAAUUUAGUAGCAAGCAAUAUGUACGUUCGAAACGUGUCUGAAAGACGUCUAAAGAAUUCGUUAAAGCAUCAUUAGUUUUUUUUAGCCGCUCGCAGGACGUCUUUCGUUUUAGAUUUGUAUAAUUGCAUCGUCUUAACAAAGAAUGUCUAUCGCAAGAUUAGUAUCGCAACAUGUUUUAAUUUGAAGCGAUAGCGACGUAUUUUAACUUAAAGCGGUAGGAAACGAUUGUAAAUUUAUAAAAUUGUGGCCGUGAAGAAUUUGAGCUACGAGCAAAAUGAGCGAGCCGAGUGUCAGGAAUUCCUAUAUUCUUCAUCUCGGAAGUCGUAAGCGUUUAUCCUGCCACGUCGAAUAGGGUACCAUUUAAUUGCGCAAUCGCAACAAUUGCGACGCAAUUGCGGCUCAAUUAAAGUGACGGUAUUUCAGCCACAUAUUAUUAAAGCAAGCGUUGAUUGCCGCUCCUUGCCGCAGCCUUACGCGCAUAUACCUUAUUUAAUUACGCAACGCGGUCUCUAAGACACGCCUUACGUAAUACUCAGACAAUAGCCGAGUAAUUAAUUUACAUUAAUUAUUUGUCUUUGCACUUGUAAAAAAUUCGCAUUUCGAGCGUUUACUUUCAGCGCAUUGAACAUCACAAUGCAGACACUUCAAAAUACUCUAAAUAUCGUUGAAAAAAUUUUUACCAAAAUUGUAUUUCAACAUUUCUAAAAUCAGGAAUUUUUAAGCUUUUUACUUAUUAUUACGGAGAUUUAGUAUAAUAUUGGCAAACUUAUUGCAAAGCUAGCAGCCAAAGUUCAAUGCGCUGAAACACGAAAAGUAAAAUCGUUUAUUAAGAAUUUUCGAACAAUUUGUGAAGAUUUUUAGAAACAAAUCAUUUUGAAAUGAAAAUGUAUUUAAAAUAUUUAAAUAUAUUUUUAUGUAUAUAUUUAUUUGUGUUUUAAGUACUCUUGACCAUUGCAGUUAUAAACAUUUUAACAUUUACAAUAAUUAAUUUUGCAUUAGCCUAAUAAAAAUUUUAUUCAAAAUUUUAAUUUAAGAGAAUUUCUGACAGAGUUCAGCAUGAUUUCAGCAAGAAAGCAAUAUAAUAAAAUAAGCUCAUAUUAAUAUGAAAUUAGAGAUAAAUUUGUAGCUAAUAAUUAUAUUAUAUUCAUCGAGAUAGAUAUCAUAACGAGGUCUUGCAAACUCCAACAGGCUAAUGGCUAAUGUAAAAUUAAUACUUCCGCUCACCCUCCCUCCUCCGUAAUUAUAUCGUUUUAGUACUAUCCAUAACAUAAUUGUGCAUACAUUGUUGUGUUUAAUUGUUUGAUAAUAUCUAAAAUCCUGCAAUGAUUAUGUCAUCAAGUAGUGGAAUAAUCCAACGAUUAACUGUCUGUUAAUUUUCUAGACGCAUAUCACAAUAUAUAAAUAACAGACUCACAAUCAGUGAGUAUAUAAUUAUACAUAAAAUCCUCAACAAUUUAAUUAAUAAUUAUUUUUCAACACAUCUUAAUUCUGGCAAAAAAUGAAAAUCAGAGCGAAAGUCGAAUGUAAGGAGAAAGUGACAGAUGCGUAAACAAAAAUUUUAGGAGGCAUAACUUGGAACAGUAAAUAAAAUAGAUAUGCUUUCUGAAAGUUUUCUUCACUCUGCUCUUACAUGCAACUUACAUUACAAUUUUUAUUUUUGCAAAAGAAUUUCAAACUUGCUUUAAAUCUACAAUUUGCGUCGGAUUUCAAAACAGAAUUCUAUUUGUAAUUUUAUAUGCUUUAUAUUUAUGUAUAUAUUUUAUAUAAAUAUUAUAUUUUAUAUAAAUAUGA